AUGACGGAAUACAAAUUGGUUGUUGUUGGAGCUGGUGGUGUUGGAAAAAGUGCUCUUACUAUACAGCUCAUUCAAAACCAUUUUGUGGAGGAAUAUGACCCGACUAUAGAGGACUCUUACAGGAAACAAGUAGUUAUUGAUGGGGAAAUAUGCCUUCUGGACAUAUUAGAUACAGCUGGUCAGGAAGAAUACAGUGCCAUGCGAGAUCAGUACAUGCGUACCGGGGAAGGCUUUCUGUGUGUUUUUGCUGUGAAUAAUUUAAAGAGUUAUGAAGAUAUCAACCAGUAUCGGGAGCAAAUCAAAAGGGUUAAAGAUGCAGAUGAAGUCCCAAUGGUUCUCGUAGGAAACAAAGUUGAUCUGACGAAUCGAAGUGUCUGUACAAGUGAGGCAUUAGUGUCAGCCAACUCAUAUAAUAUUCCAUAUGUCGAAACUUCUGCCAAAACUAGACAUGGAGUCGAGGAUGCUUUUUACACACUUGUUCGAGAGAUUAGGAAAUAUAAACAGAAGAAGGGUAAAGAUCGUAAGAAGCGCAAACGAAAAUGCUGCAUACAGUGA